AUGCGGAAACCUUCUCUCGCCCAGGCCGUCUACAAUGCGACCUUCCCCCGCGCACGCGCCUGCGAUCCGGGCUCCUUUGCCGCUCACAUCACGCGCAACCUGGUCCCGGAGGUGCGCAUCGAGACCAACACCUUUUACGGCCCGCUGGAUUCCAUCGAGGCCCAGUAUCCGGGGCUAGACUACUCGUAUGGCCCUCAUCGCAUGAGGCUCGGCCGAUUCCCCUGGCACCGUCGCCUCUUCCAGGUAUUCGACAAGCUCAGACUGACCGAGACGGAGAUCAAUGAGCUCUGCUGCUGGGAAGGGACAAAGUCGGCACGCAAACGAUAUGAGGCCGAGGAAGGCAUAACAGUGCAGGAUACCACUGGGAGUGGGGUGCGUCCUGCGACACCACCCCCGGAACCUUCCGCCGUGGUCCACCACUACGAUCCCUGUGAACCAGAGGAGGAGCUGGAGCUCGACAUUCUGGAGCAGAUGAUAGAGACUCGUAGUGAUCACACAGUACGUGCGAGCGAGUCUCGCGGUAGUUCGAGCGUGGUGUCCGACUUCCGAGCCGAGGAAGAGGAGGAUUACAGUGAUGAUGAGAUGGAAAGUUGUGGGGUGGCUCUCAAUCGACGUCUCUUCGAUGCGAUGGCUGCGCGCGACCAAGGAGCCAAUGUCCCCCUAGAUGAAGACUGGGAGCAAUGGCUGAAGGAGGCAGGUGAGCGUGGAACGUUUGGGGACAUGGUGCACGCCAUCCGUGCCGGUCAGCCGCUCAACUUCGUGCCCGAAGCGCCAACAUCUGCGAUACGACAUAGUGACUUGCAUCGCGGGCCGCGAGCAGCUACUGUGUCUGCAGAGCAAUAUCUUUUCUCCGACAUCCUCGCCAACUCCAUCGCCUUCCCCCAGACUCCCAGCCACACUCGCCGCACGGCACGCUGA